UGAAAUUUAAAUGUUGACAAAUUUUUCUUAUAAACCUAUUUAAAUUUUGGUCUCCAAUCUCCGUAAGAGAUAAAUAUCACAUUGUGAAAAUAGUUCCUAGUUAAAUAAUUUAGUCUAAACAUGUUAAAUUGAAAUAAGCACUUCGAAGUUAAAUGAAUCGGCAGAAAUAGCAUUUCAUUAAACAUUACACUAAAAUAUUCUUAAGUUUAUAUUCCAGUAAAAAAUCACGUUCCGUGCUUAAUUGGUGACUAUGGAAAGAAUUGUGCAUUUUGACUUCAAAGGAGCGCCUUUAAAAGUGCCGUAUUUAGAAAAGGUAUUUAGUCACAUAAAAUCAUGGGGUGGGACGGGAGUUCUAAUAGAAUGGGAAGACACCUUUCCAUACACGUCAGAGUUGACAGAUUUUGGCAGUGUGAAAGGCUGUGGCGGGGACUGUAUGUAUUCACCACAAGAUGUGCAGAAUAUAAUGAUGUGUGCCAAACAAAAUGGACUGGAAGUGAUACAACUAAUUCAAACUAUUGGUCACAUGGAAUUCGUAUUAAAGCAUCCGCAAUGCAUUCACUUGAGAGAGUCGCCCCGUUCACCCGCAGUAUUGUGUCCGACAAAACAAGAGUCUCUGAGGCUAGUAUGCAGUUUGCUGCAACAGACGUUGGACUCGCAACCUGAAGCUAAAUACAUACAUAUUGGUGCUGAUGAGGUGUGGCACUCCGCAGUGUGUCCAGAUUGCCAAAGAAAGGCGUCAACACAUAAGUACAAAGUCGCUGCAUUAUACCUCGACCAUAUUCGGGAAGUAGCCCUGUUUGUUAAGAGGCUCAGACCGGAUAUAACUAUACUAAUGUGGGAUGAUAUGUUGCGGCCUAUGAGUGUUGAGACUUUAGAAGCGUACAAUCUUCGCGAGUUAAUACAGCCGGUUAUAUGGAACUACAGCACUAUGGAACAUUUCCAAAUAGAAAAGCCUCUGUGGGACAAGUACGUUAAUAUUUUCACCGAUGUGUGGGCCGGCUCCGCUUUUAAAGGCGCCAAUGGGAGUAGUCAGGUGCUAUCGCCAGUGGGUCGAUAUGUCAAUAACCAAGAAGCAUGGCGAAGGGAGUUAACCCGAAAACCAACUAGCAUAAGAUUUGUUGGUGUUAUUCUAACAGGGUGGUCGAGAUAUGACCAUUACGCUACGUUGUGUGAACUGUUGCCUGUCUCUCUGCCGAGCUUGUUUAGUUGUCUGAAAGUGUGGAUGAGGGCAGAUGAUUGUGAAAGUGAAGCUGUCAGCGAGGUGUUAUCAGAGAACGAAUGGAGCGGUUUGCAGCUGGCUCGUUGCGUUCACUCGUUCGUGAUGUUGCGCGAACGGUGCGGCCAACUGCUGCACGGAGAUGCAGUUGCGACAUGGUUAAACCCCUGGCAGAUAAAGAACGGCUACACCAGCCCGGUGCAAGUGGAGAGUGUAGCGAACGCUUCGCACGCCCUACUCAUAGACUUAAAAGGCCUACAAACGGAAACUAAACGCCAGCUGGAGCUAGUGACUGGCCCGAGAAGUGCGCAAGAGUGGAUGGGGAGCUUCUUCGACACAAUACUGAAACAAGUGGAAGAGUUGAACAGAGUGGCCACCGCGAGGCGAGACACUAACGCCAGUGUGAGACCGUUUUAGUGGGAAUUUGAUGAAAGUUAUUUGGACUAGAUCUAGUAACAAACUUUGUAACGCUAGUACGAAAUUUGACACUUUACAAGAUGCGUCAGAAGAGUAAAGGGAUAGCGACUAGCGCUAGCACAAAAUAUUACAGAUGAAAAAUAACACGAAAAGUAAUCGUAUUUGUUAUUGAGUACCAAAAAUUUAACGCGAUGAAAUGCAUUUAAUAGUGAUAAGAGAUUUGUUUCAAUCUGAUGUGGGAGAAAUACGAUAAAUGAUUAUGGUUAGUGACUAGCGCCAGUAUAAAUAGUUUGUGGAGU